AUGGCAAUGCCUGUUACGAGCAUCGCCGCAGUCACCAAAGAGCUCACUGCCAGGGGUGGCAGUGGUGCAUCCGCGACCCUCGCCUCUCCCAGCGUCGUGCUUCUGCUCACCGACGACCAAGACGUGCUCCUCUCUGACGCAGCGCGCUGGCAACCCGUGCUGCAUCGCCGGGUCGUGCAAGCCGGCGCCACCUUUGCUCGCGCAUUUGCCAACAGUCCAGUUUGCUGCCCGUCGCGCUCCUCCUUGCUCACCGGCAA